AUGUCUUACAUUCCGCCACACAAGAGGCAAAUAAAGGGCUCGCCAUCGCUUGAACCAACUCCGGCACCGGAGUCUCUCAUCAGAUCUGCUUUUAAUAAGAGAAAGGAUAACAAAUUUCGAACUAGGAAUGUCGGUUAUACUGAUCAUACUAUCUUAAAAUGGUUCUCUGUUGGCUUGGCUGAUGAGUUGAGAUUUUCAUCUCUUGUUAGUUUCCAACCUCUUUCACCAGAGUCUUUUGAGACAAAAGAAGGUUGCAGUGAAGGAAUAAAGAAUGAGCUCAUAGAAACACCAUGUCUUUUGAUUGCUGCAAAUGUGAAGAAGGAUUUACUUUUGUCAUUUCAACAUAUGAAGCGUGAGAUGGAGGAAGCUGAUAUGGCACAAGUAAAGCCGUCUGUAGUUGCUCGUUUUGGAAAAGUUCUCUUUUAUGGGAUUUCUUCAAUUUGUAAAGAUAGCCUAAAACUUAACUCAUUGACUGAAACUACUUCGAGAGAAAUGAAAGGAUCUUUCCAUACGGAUGUUCCUCCUUCAUAUAUGGACUAUGUAGAAAAUCGAGUAGUGGAGAAUCUCGGACUAGAAUAUGUGCAAGGGAAAGAACUGUGCUAUGUUAAGCUUUCCGAUAACUUGAGGACUGAAUCAACUGUUUCCUCCAAAUGUACUGUGCCAAAAGAUCAUAAUAAGAUUCAGCUCGAUAAGAUUGAGUUGAACCGAGUACGCCACAUGGUUGCAGACAUGAGCUGUCUUGGAAAGAGCUCAGACCUAAGAUUGUUUGUAUAUACCAAGAAAAUCAAGAUGGUUUUAUCUGAUGAGGAGAUUAAUGAAAUUAAGGAUCUUAUUGGUUCUGCCAUUGUGGACUCAGAAGUACCGGUUCGUUUAAGAUGGCCUUUAGACAAGCGCCAUUCUUCAGGGGGGUCGAUAUGUUGUUAAUGUUAUUGGUCACACAACUGCAAAAUCAUAUAGGAAUUCAUCAAUUAGGUUUAAGUUUCGACAUGCAAAUCGAUCUAAAUUCAAAUCUUCAACUGGUGAGGUUACACAGGAGAUUUUCCUGAAAAUGCCUGGAAUUGUAUCAGAGUUAC